GUUUGGAUGCUUUUGGAUUUCCCAAAAAAUAUAAUUUUAUUUUAAUUAAUUUAAAUACCUUGCAAAAUGCUCUCUCGUCAGGUUUCGCAAAGGAAUAGGCCCAUAAUGAAACGUAGGAUGACUAUAAGUGGACCCAGACCUUUGUCUAGUGUUGCCAUAGAUAAAAUAAAGCAGCGCAAUUUUCUUGAUAAUAUCGAUAUGAAUACCCGUAAUACUGAUAAUGUGAUCGGACGUCCCAUGGGUAAUAUGUAUUGCGAGAGGAUUGAUUCGCACGGCUGGAACGAAAACGAUUCUGGAGGACAAUUGAAUUUAAAUCGGACAGCUCCGCCGCCACCGGAGAAUCUGGAUUGGAAUUCCUCCAGUCCCAGACGCACUCGAUCUCCAGUUGGCAUGUAUCAUCGCAAUGUGUCCCCCAACAUGAUGGGCUUUAGAAACUUCGAGGAGUCUGAUAAGUUUACUCAAAACGAUUAUGCAGAGGGGAUACCCGGAGGUCGUGAUCCAGAGCGUUUUAUUCCAAAUGACAAUUUUCAACAAUAUUUUCAAGGCAAUCAGCAGCCAAUGGGUUUUCGAAACGUACAGCAACCGCAUUUUAACAACGAACCUUUGAUGGGUAAUCAACAUCGCAUGGACAUGCAACGCGAUGAGGGUUUCAAUUCGAAUGAAUUUAGUCACUUGAAAUCGAAUUUCACAGAAACAUAUUCUAGAUUCAAUAAUCGUCGUGAGUUUCCCAAUGAAAAUUUUGAAAACGAUGAACAGCCGAUAGUUAAGCGUAGACCUGAGCCCAUUUCCAGUGGCUAUGAGUUAAAAGAUAAAGUCUUCACGAUUGCCGGCUUGAAGAUGCCCUUCGUAACCAAAGAGGUCGGUACGUUUUCACACAAGGAAUCGAGGUCCUACGCCGUGCUGUUCUUCAGGAGGUCUCCCGACUAUAUCAUCCGCUUACAUAAAUCGAAGGAAGUGCCUUGCAUCCAGCACAUCUACGACGAGAUGGGCGAUGCCAUUGAUGAUGAAGAUACUGCCGGUUUGGCAUACAGCCGUUUUCGGGAGAGUAUCGCCCUUGAGUGGACCAAGAUUUAUCGGGGCAGAAACUAUCGUACCUGGUGCAAUUGGUGGAAGGAUUUCAGGAAUAUCGACGUGGAUAUUUACGAGCAGUUGAACAAGUUCGAUUGCUUCAAUGUGAAGUAUAACUUUAUGCCGUUGGGAGGGGUGUCUAAUGCGGCGGAGUUGAUAAAGAGGACUACGGUGGCUCUGACCAAGAAUCGAAAUAAUUACUUGGACAACAUGAAAAUGGUGUAUUGCCUGAUGGACCAUACUGUCCUCGGGAACCUGGCCAUGGAGUCAAUGGCUCAGCUGCAGGACAUUAUUCGUUCUGUUCCCAAUCACUUGUGGAUCUACAAGUUGCGGUGCAUGAUCUACUUGUGGUAUAACUACAGCCAGGUUAUGAAGUCCGAGGACACCGCCGAUAAGAAGUACAAGCUGAUCCUCAAGGAGUGGAAGAGCCCCGUCAUCCACUGGCUGGCCAAGCAGGCCUUCUUUGAGCUGCGGAACAUCAGCAAAUCCGAAUACCCCCAAUAUGGUGAAGUUUACGGCAAAGGCAGCAAGAAAGUCAAGGAUAUAUAAAUACAGAUAUUGAGAACUUUUCUAGGCAAAACAUUGCCAACAUAAAA